AGCUUUACCGUGCCAAAAAAUCAAAGCGAUUCGUUUAUUAUGAGGCCGAUUAUUCCUUCCGACCGGUCCAAAAUGCAUUCAAUUUUGGAUAAGGGAGAAAUAUCAUCAGGAUCGCUUUUCAUGCGCUUUACGACAGCUAAAAAGACAUUUACAGAGAAAGAGCUAGAUUACUUUACGCGUCUUAACUACACGAGCCACAACGGCCUGGGUGUAAUCCUAGACAAGCCUGGUUUCCAGGGCGUUGGCACGGCGCGCUACUUUGUUGAUGAUGAUGAUCCCACGACUGCGGAGUGGGCAGUGACGGUAAUCGACCAAUUCCAGAGCCAAGGGAUCGGCGUAACGCUCUUCUAUGCAAUCUGCAUGCUCGCCGAAAUCAACGGCAUCCAACACCUCAAAGCCGUGAUCAACCCGGACAACACCGCCGUUCUGAACUGGAUGACGCAGUGCCACAGCCGCGAAGUCUACGAAGAGGAAUCUUUAUUUUAUGUUAUCGACCUCCCGAUUCCCGCGGAUUUCUUCCGCGCGAAGGAGCUGGGGGAGCGGAUUCGGUGCGCGUUGAGCGGGAAAGGAAGCAUGGACAACGUGACGACGUUCGCGACGCGCUUGGAGCUGAAGGAGUUUUAUGACAUCGUGGAGGCGAAGGAUAGCGAUACGGAGGAUUUUACGGUCACGUGCAGCAGUUAUGACUCGGACUCGCGAUCGAGAAAGUUCACGUCGAAUAAUCAUCUGCUGUGCGAUAUGAUGGACGAGAUUUCGAUUUCGUCGUGGUCCGAUUCGAUGGACGACUUUGAAUUCGAUUUGUAG